AUGCGCACAAAGAGCAGAGGCGUUGUACAGAACCAGCCGGCUAAUUUUGAUGAAGUGAGACGUAGAUUUAUUCGGCAGAACCGGGAGCUUGCGAAGAAUAACUCGAACCAGUCGCUACGGAUCCGGAGCUUGGAGCUGGAAGUUAGCAGGUUGUUGGGAGAGAAUCUGGACUUGAGAGAGCAAGUGUUGCAGUUGCAGAAUGAGGCGGACGUGUCGAGAAGUGGCCAGGUGUCGGGAGCUGCGAUGCGGAGCUUGCGGGGAGAAUUGCAGACGAAGCUGGCGGAGUUAAGUGGACUUGUGGAUGGCAUGGAUGCUUUGGCGCAUGGUGGUAGUGAGACACAGGUUGCGCAACGAGAGAGGAAGCCAAUCGAGGGCAAUUGGAGAGAGCGACAACCUUUGACAGAAGUCAUGCGCGAAAGUCAGAUGCCGACCAUCGUCGAGGACAAGCUCUUUCCACGACGAACACUCGGCGCGGACGAGAUCCAGGCGAUAAGGUUGUCUGGGCACAGCAGCAAUGAAUCUCCCGAGCUGGGACCACCACCCGUCGCCCACUUUGAUUACGAGGACCCAGUCAAGCAGGCCUCGCCAUCUGCUCGACUCUCCUCGCCCAAAGUAGCAGAGGAUGACGAAUUGCCUGCCGCUCUAUCAAUCAACUUGGAAACGAGGCGGAAGCGAAAGGACAGUCAGCCGAAGCUCGAGAUCAGAAGACAUUCGAUUCUAGCGCAAUCGCCGAAGAAGACCGAUGCUGAGCCAUCGACUAUGCUACGCACUGGCGCCAAGCGAAAGCUAGCAGAUCGAGACCUUGACAAGCCGAUUCGACCUCCCACGAAGGAUGACUUCGCCUUCAGUCGGAAGACUGUCGUGCCUGCUUUAAAGUCUGCAGCUCAGCAGGAUGGCGCGUCGGCGGACAGCGAGCCGGCCCAAAGUAUCGAGGUGCAAGCGCGCGAUGUUACAUCGACACCAUCAAAGGCAGUUCGGAAAGUGUUGGGCGACAAGAGUGUCAAUAUGUCGCCACACAAAGUAGGAGUAUCUACCGAGAAGGCUGGCAAGCCGGAGGCAGACAAGGCAGGACAGCAAGCAGCGCCACGGUCGAAUACUACAGUCCCAAGGAAGCGAAGAACAUCUGCGAUCCCACAACCAUCAUCUCCACCACCAGAGGAGAUUAUCGACACCCUCGAAGUCGCACAUCCAGCCGAACCUCUGCCUGUGGCUGAGCUGCCACCCAAAACGCCAGCAUUAUCCGACUUCUUCUCGCCCACGCCAUCUGAACCAUCAGUAGCACGACCAUUUGACGAAGGCAGAGCCGGUACCCCUCCACCUGGCGAUCUCAGCGCACUUAGCAUGACCACAGACGGCGGUACGCGGCCUUCUCGUCGUGCAAGAGCUGCCGUCAACUAUACCGAACCGAGUUUGAUCUCCAAGAUGCGGCGGCCAACCAAGCAGAUGGUCGAUGCCUUGACCGGCUUGCAGGAUUCCCGAAAAGCUAUCAGCUCUUCGACCGAGAGGCAAUCUGGCGCGACACGGGACAUAAUCAUCAAGUCCGAGCCAAUCGACGAUGAUGACGAGCACGCCGCCUGGAGGAACUUGCCUUCUGUGCCAGGACCUAUUGCUACAGCCAGCCCACUGAGUACUAAGAGUGCAGCAGAAUCCAGCAGCGACCCUCUCACCGCAGCCGCAGAUCUCGAGCACGACCUCGAGCCGACAAAGAUCCAUGGGCCUUCGGCAGCCUCUGCCACCAUCUCAGCACUGAUGGCGGGGAGUCGACGUCGUCGGGAAAGCAGUCAGCAGCAAGAACUCGGGACCGACCUCGACAUCGCCGUCAGAAAGCUGGAAGAGCUAGACGUCUACGACUUCAAGGACUCGUCUUCGCCGGCAGAAGGCGGAAACAUAGUUCCUUCGAGCGAUGCUACAGGGCGAGCUACGAGCCAUAGGAGGCACUCUUCUGUUCCCAAGAAUCUUGCCGCCGGUAGUGGUGCGAUUGAGUUCAAGGGUCCUCCUGCUGUCAGGACUUUGGCGGCUGCGCCGACGGUGGUAGGGGCGGGAAGGUCAGAACGGGCUGCUAGUCGGAGGAGGAGUAUGCAGAUGUAG